AUGGAUCAGGCCAAGCUCGCGCGGAUGCAGGCCUCUGUGCGCAUCGAACGGACCUGGGACAAGCUGCUGACGGAUGAUGAUCGUGAUAGAGGCAAGGGUACCCCGCGCAGGAAGGUCAAGAAGGUCCACAAGGGCUCUGGUGGUGACGACAAGAAGCUGCAGGGCGCCUUGAAGAAGCUCAACGUUCAGCCCAUCCAGGCCAUCGAGGAGGUGAACAUGUUCAAGAGCGAUGGCAACGUUAUUCACUUUGCGGCACCUAAGGUCCACGCCGCCGUCCCGGCCAACACCUUCGCCAUCUACGGCAACGGUGAAGACAAGGAGCUCACCGAGCUUGUUCCCGGUAUCCUGAACCAGCUCGGCCCUGACUCGCUGGCCUCCCUCCGCAAGCUCGCCGAGAGCUACCAGAGCAUGCAGAAGGAGAAGGGUGAGGGCGAGAAGAAGGAGGACGAGGAUGACGAUGACAUCCCCGACCUCGUUGCGGGCGAGAACUUCGAGGGCAAGGCCGACGUCGAGUAG